AUGUCAUCAUUAACACGUUUAACUUUGUCAACAUCAUCAACAUUAUGCCGUCUUGGUCAGUUAUUGGCCAGUCGACAAAUAAUAUUUCAACAACAAUUACCAAUAUUAACAUCGGCUAAUGCUUUAAUGAUACCAUCUCAUCGUACAAUAGCCACAUCGGCUAUUCGUCGUGAUAUUGAUUCAGCUGCUAAAUAUAUUGGAGCUGGUGCAGCAACUGUUGGUGUAGCCGGUGCUGGUGCAGGUAUUGGAACUGUAUUUGGUUCAUUAGUAGUAGCUUAUGCACGUAAUCCUAGUUUAAAACAACAACUUUUUUCAUAUGCUAUUCUUGGUUUUGCUCUCUCUGAAGCUAUGGGACUAUUUUGUCUUAUGAUGGCCUUUAUGCUUCUAUUUGCUUUCUAA